AUGUCUGGCAGUUCAGACCAUCCAUCAUCAGAGGUACCAGCAGAGGGAAUCUGGAUGCUCGAUGACAGCGGCAAACACCUCGAGCUCAAAGCUGAGGAUCAACUAGCUCAGGACUCAUCCGAGCUGAAAAUCGACACUCCUAUUGAGCAACCCUCCAAUGAGACCAUCGCCGACUAUCUCUCACAUCUCCCACAUGCUCGGAAAGAACAAUCCGAUGGUCUACGCGGCUUGGGCUGGGACGAUUCCAGCAUCCACAAUCUACUCACGCUGAUAGACAACACUCGAAAGCACAUGUUGGCUAGUCUCCGCAUGAGGGGGAAAGGCGAGGAUAUCGAGCGACUUAAAAAACUCUUUGAUCAAGAUAUUACGGAUUAUUCGCAUAUGCGACGUCCUCUCACCUCCCGCGCGGAGGAAGACUACCAGGUCCAGUUAUACCUCCUCGAGGAGGUGAAGCGGCAGAGAAGGAUUAUGGCUGAAGUCGAUGGAAGCAACGACAAGGAGCUCUGA